CUUCAUCAAACUACUGCAGCGAGAAAAAUCCAAUUACUGAGUUGAUGGGAAACGCUUAAGAUGGUCCUAUUAAUUUACUUGACAUGUGCAUCACUUCUUCUUGAUGGAAAUCCUAAAUGGACUUUAUUUUUAUUUCUAACUAUUUAAUUCUCGGAGACUGAAAGCGAAAGGAGCAAAAAUGGAGAGUGAUACUAUCGGAAAAGCAACUCUGAAUUUAACUUUGAAUUUAACGAAGAAUUUUUCCGGAUCUCUCAAGUCUCCCCCGAAAGUACCCUUUACCUGGAAAUUAAUAUCGUCCAUCAUUUUGGUCACCGGAUGUGUGGGGAACGUCUUGACAAUUUUUUCGAUAUUCAGAGACAAAAAUUUAAAAACACCUACCUACAUUCUGAUCGCUUGUAUGGCCAUAGCUGACUUGAGCGCAAUCAUCGUUCGCUUCAUUAUUCUCCUUUGGAACGUUUUCCUACCGGAUGUUCUGCCAAUGCCAGAAGAGUUCGAGUUGAUUUCCGCUGGAGUUGGCAUGGUGGUUGUUCAGAGUUCUUGCUUACAUGUUGUCUUAUUUGCAUAUGUUCGGUAUACUCUUCUCGUACACCCUCUCUGGAGUCGGUUUGCCAUUACCUCCGAGCGAGUUGUGUACGCUUCCUUGGCAGUUUGGGGUUUAAGUUUCUUUCUUGGGACCCUCUAUGGCAUGUUCGGACUUGUCAUCACUAAGGAAUUCGAUAUACUCGUUCUAGAAAUCGUGUAUAUUUCCUAUUUAAUAACAGCAACGAUGAUACCCAUUGCUAUCUUACACGUUCUUAAGAUCCAUCGGUUGAAGAAAUCACGAACUCAUGAGUGCACAAUGAUUACCAAAAGGAUGACACUAAUUUCAGGAAUUGUCAUACUGGUCCAAAUCGCUGCAAUGGUUCCUGUCGCCGUUAAGGUGAUCGUAUUAUUGUUUCAGGGAAUGCCCAAUAACUCGGAUGUGACGGACUUGAUCGUUCAUCUUAUGCUUAGUGUAGGCAACAGUAUAAAUCCCGUCAUUUAUUUCAUGAUGUCAAAACCUCAACAAAGACACUGGAGUCGAUUUCAUUUGUGUUUUUCAUAAUUCUGUGUGUAAAAGUAGGUACAAACAAUGAUAAUUUAUGUUUUAUCGUUCUUUGUAAAAGUUAUAUUUUCACAUUUAGAAUAUUACAGAUAUGAAAUUGUACAUAUUUUACUAGUUUUAUGAAUUUCACGAAUGCAAAUCGCGGGGUGUACAGAAAAGCACAACUUCAUAAGCAAAGUGUUAGUAAAAGUAAUCAGUUUAUCCUACAUGGCGUAAAAAAGUCACUCAUCGAUAUAAGAUAUACAGUAUCUUACAAAACUAUUACAAAAAGUAAUCAGUUUAUCCUACCUGGCGUAAAAAAGUCACUCAUCGAUAUAAGAUAUACAGUAUCUUACAAAAUUAUUACAAAAAGUAAUAAUUCUGAGAGACAAAAUUACCUUCAUUAUUAGCGUGUUGGGAAUUAUGAAAAUAAUAUUGCUUCAUUAUCAGAUCACAGCGGACCACUUUUAUUCUAUCCUGAACACUGUAGAAUUGGUUUCGUAUUAGGACAACCAGUAAAAUAUCUAGACUUGUCACUUUUUUUCUCCAUAAAUUUGAAGCUACAUGUUUUGCCUGCAUCCUAGAAAGUGCAAUUACGAUCGAAUAAUGCAUUGUGCUGAUGUAGAAUUUAUCGUCUGUGCGGAGCAGGACGUGUUAAUUGUUAAAUUUGUACAUUACCACCCGCGGUAAAAUAAUAAGGAGAAUAUGGGAGGAGAAUCCAUAUUCUCCUCCAUUUAGCAGGUUGGAAUUCACAUAUCUGCCAAUACAAAUUAUAAAAUUAAUUUGAAACAAACAACAGCUUUGGGAAAACGGUCACCUACAUGAAUUUUAAAGCUCGCUAAAACAUUUUAUGUAUUUGACACAGAAUGAAGAACAAUACAAAAUAAAUUAUACUGAAAUUACAGAUGUUUAAAAAAUAUAUCUUAUACCCUUCUUCAAGCAAAUCCAGAUUGAUAUAAAACUGUCUGAAAAUUUUCCGGUCUGGGAAGUGAAAGAUUGAUUGAUUGAUAAAGACAAGGCCAGCUGCCAGAGAUGGCCCCAGACUAUAUGUGAUUUCUUUACAAGCAUAAUAAAAAUGUAUUGCACUU